AUGCAAUCAAUAGACGAAAUAGCCCAAACCAUAGCAUCGCAUUUGUCCAUCUUUGAAGACACCAGUACUCGAGAACGCCCUGCCAAGCGAAGAGCCAUGGAAGCCGUCAAGAGAGAAACUUUGCAUGUCAAGAACAUAGACGACGCAUCCACAGCAGCCAUCGCACUACUGAAGAGCCUAAGGGAAUCCAUAUUCAUGUGCAGCAACAGCGCAAUUGAGAGUGUGCGAGAGCAAACAGUAGAUAUUUUAAAAAGCCUUCUGGACAGGUGCGAAAGAGGGAAGAUUCCAAACUCAAUAGUAGACAGCCUGCUUCAGCAUGUAUUGGAACGCUUAAAAGUAGAAGCAACCGAAGAAGUGCGAGAUGCAUGGAUGCUACUGUGUGCGACAUUACUCAGUAAAUUAGCGUCUGGAAAGAUACCCGUCAAGACAGGUGAAUUGUUCAUGGACAUUAUGGAGGUUGCUGGCAAUGACCCUUAUUCCGAGAUACAAAAGCAAUGUGCAAUUUUGAUUGUUUUGUAUGCCAAAGAUCAACCCAAAUCUGUGGACUAUGCUUGCGAAAAGAUGGUGAAACUGAUUUUGCCCAUGUUAUUGCACAAACAUGCAGCAGUGAGAGUCAAAGGAAUUAAGGCUAUGGAAGCUGUGCUCACUGCAUCACCCAAGGGAUUGCAUUUGUUAUUUGAAUACAACGAGCAAUUAGAUAGACAGCCCGUAAUUCCCUCAUUGAUCUACGACAAUUCAGCCCUUGUAAGAGACAACUUGUUUAUUGUGCUGGGCAGUUUACUGUGUAGCUGGAAUCCUCGGGACAGAUAUCAGUAUGGAGAGCGUAUUUUACCUAUUAUACUGUCAGGCACAUUGGACGAUCUUCCAAGCGUACGAUCUACAUGCAAAGCAAGCUUAUCUGAUGUGGGGAGAAGUUGUACACAAGAUUUACUGGAUGCUGAUAUUAUCAAAGAGAUACCAGCCGACGACAAGCAAGUUAUUGCCACUGGUUUGAAGCAUUUGGUGCACAUGUGCUAUGACCAUAGUGUUUCGUACAUGUUGCAAGGAAUCACUGAUUUCAUCACGGUUAAACAAGAGAUCGGGCUCGAUUCACUUAAGCUGUUUUUGGAGUAUGCCUCUUCAGAUGACUUGGUCAAAUCAAUCAAGAAACUCGUGCACUAUUUGUUCAUUGCCUAUGCCAAUCACACUGAAUCCACAACUGAAGACAAAAUAUACGAGACACUGAAUUUGAUACUUCAGCGACUGCCAUCGCCAGAGAUUUACUUAGAUGCGCUACUUCCACGACUUGAAAGUAAAUCCUUGGCAGCAGAGACAAAUGGUUAUUCUGGCAUUAUCACUGCUGGAGUGGUGUUGGCAUUCUUGAAACACUUUGUCAAGACAGUGACCGUAACUGAUUCAAUUCGAAAACGCAUUCUUGCAUCCAUUGAUAGACCCUAUUUGGGCGAGUAUAUAGACAGAGAAAAGCUGGAUGGUCUAAGAUCAGACAUUGCAUAA